AUGGCCGGCCUACGGAUGCGCCUCAUAACAUUGUCGUCCCUGCUCUCUUCCAUUGUCCGAUCACGUUGUUUUCAACCACCUCCCCUCGUUUUUAAUGAUCGAUAUCGGAUAAUUGCGAAGCUUGGCUAUGGUGCCUACUCGACUGUUUGGCUUGCGUGGGAUGAAAGGUCUUAUCCCACUAGAAUUGUUUUGAUAACAGCGCCUGUUACUAACUUGAAAUAUAGGGCGAAUGAAUAUGCUUCGCUGAAAAUUUCUGUGCGGAUUGACAACAAUAAUACCGAGCCUUCUCCCGUUCUCAACGAAAUCAACAUGCUCCAGCGUUUGAAACAGUUCGCUGAUAAGGAUCAUCCUGGGCUUGACUUUACCAGGCUUGCGCGUGAUAUAUUUGAAACAGAAAGUCUCGCUGGUCGUCAUCACUGCAUUGCAUAUAAGCCUCAAGGCAACAGUGUCCGUACAUUACAGGAGGCAUUUCCUAAUGCCAUGAUCCCUAAGGCUUUAAAUGUCUUAAUGGAGAUUGAUGACGACACUAGCCUGCAAGAUAUUGAGGACCAGGAAUCCCAGGAUCCAAGUUUGCCGAUAACCUCCGCCAUUGGGGCUAUGCCGAUAGUUGUCUACAAAUCUAUACCUGCCAUGUUAGCACUCUCCAGCCACCCUAUUCUUACAGACUAUGGUCAAAUGCGACUGGUCGAAGGAUGCUUGAAUCAAGACUGGUGGAUGUCUGAUCUCUACCGCGCUCCCGAAGUGCUCUUGCAUCUACCAUGGGGAUUUCCAGCUGAUAUAUGGUCAAUUGGCGUUAUGACCCUCGAACUUUUGGAGGGAAAAAACCUCUUCGACCCGAUUGACCAUGUUCAUGGCCAGUAUGUAAUUCCAUUGGCUUUAGCACAAUAUAUCGGAUAUCUUGGCCCCCCUCCUCUGAUUUAUAUUCAGAACAGCCCGCUUUUUACAACCUACUUUGAUGCACAGGGUAAGGCUCACCCAACCCACCACCUCCUCAUUCAACGCCUAUUCUUACUCAAAGCUAUUACAGGGAGUUGGGUCUCCGAAGUACCAGUACCAAAAACCUCACUCGAGGACUUUGUCACAACAAUCCCACCGGGAGAGGAGAAAGACCAGUUUUUGUGUUUUAUACGGAAAGUCUUGACCUGGGAUCCGGAAGUGAAAGCCACGUCAAACGAGAUUAUACCAGAUGAAUGGCUUAUGAGGCCGUUUUGA